UUGCUCUUCGCCACCGGGAAGUCCCUCGAAGACCUCCUCCUAUCCAUUAUUCUCCUCAACCUCUCUGAAUCCGGCUCAGACACCGAUUCUGAUGGCGACCUCUCGAAAACCCAGCUCGCCAGAAAAGAAUUCCGGCUCGAGAAGGAGAUCGUCCUCACUAUCCUCUCUAGCGAGAUCGAGAAGCUGAAACUUAAUUUCUGCCAGGCGGUAACGAUCGACGAGCACCACAUCUGCGAGGGGUUUCAAGAGGAGAUCAGUUCUGAUUAUCCGGAUAAGAAGAAACGCAGUGUUGAUGAUGACGAUGAAAAGGCCGAGGAGGCUGAGAAGGUGAUGAUUGGAGAGCUGAAAGAGCUGAUCGAAAGUGUGGAGUCCGGCAGCGGGCGAAUCCUUCAUCGGACUAUGAAUGUGAAAUCCGGGCCCUUUAUUCAAUAUUUUGAUUUAUUUGCUUGA